AUGUCGACACCAAUGCCGAAUCACUCCCGAUCGACGUCAAUCGAUGCCGCCAGCUUUAUAGUACAGCCAGAGGAAGGACAAGAAGAUGACUCGUUUACAUCCACAGCCUCGGAUACAGAGUCUUACGCAGGGAGCAUAAACCACAACGAACAGAACACUCAGAAUACGUCUUUCCAUCCAGUGGAGUACCUGUUGGGAUCCUUGGAGUCUGCAUUGAGUUCAAUAGAUCUGGAUAGAUCCAUAGUUCUACAAUCGCAGAUAUCAGGUGAAUUGAAUAACACUUCAAAGGAAUUGCUGAAAAUGAUGGAGGUACUGGAACAACGGAUACGAUCCCAUAUGGCCAACUUCGACAGACUGAAGAACAACACAAUCCCCGAGCUUGCUGCCAACAUAUCCAAAGCAGAAAAGAAAGCUACCAAAUUGACGAAAGUCUUGAAAGAUCAAUAUCCUAUCGAAUACUCAAAGAGCCUGGAUAAAGUGUUGAACAGAAUAACCAAAGAUGAUGAGAAUCUGUAUGUUUGA